UCCGCUCCACUGUCUCUGAGGCUCAGUGACAGCAUGGCCGCUCACCGCCGACCCCCGCUGCUCCGCCAGAGAGGAAGACGCGGAUCCCCGUGAGACGCCAUUAAAAAAGAGCAGCUCUGCCUCUGUUUGUUUCCCUCCCUCGCGUGUCAAACAUCGCGUUCUCUGUUCGACGCUAAGCUAGCCGGGCUGCUAGCUCGGCCGGUCGGCUGGCUGCCGCGGGGCUGGUGCGUAGGUGAUGUUGUCGGUGUUGUCUUACGGUCGACUCGUUGCCAGAGCUGUGAUCGGCGGACUUUCUCAGACAGACAGCCGCGACUACAGCCUGGUGACGGCGAGCUGCGGCUUCGGCAAAGAUUUCCGCAGAGGCAUCCUGAAGAAAGGGAUGUGUUAUGGGGACGACGCGUGCUUCAUCGCCCGGCACAGAUCCGCCGAUGUUUUAGGUGUUGCUGAUGGAGUUGGCGGCUGGAGAGACUACGGCGUGGACCCGUCUCAGUUUUCCGGUACGCUGAUGAAGACGUGUGAGAGGCUGGUGAAGGAAGGGCGCUUUGUCCCCAGCAACCCCGUGGGAGUCCUCACCACCAGCUACUACGAGCUCCUGCAGAACAAAGUGCCUCUGCUGGGUAGCAGCACGGCCUGCAUCGUGGUGUUGGACAGGCAGAGCCACCAGCUGCACACGGCCAACCUGGGAGACUCCGGUUUCCUGGUGGUCCGAGGCGGGGAGGUGGUCCACCGCUCGGACGAACAGCAGCACUACUUCAACACCCCCUUCCAGCUGUCCAUAGCCCCCCCAGGGGCCGAAGGAGCCGUGCUCAGCGACAGCCCAGAAUCUGCAGACAGCUCCUCGUUCGACGUGCAGCUCGGUGACAUCAUCCUCACCGCCACCGACGGGCUGUUCGACAACAUGCCCGAUUAUAUGAUCCUCCAAGAGCUGAAAAAGCUGAAGAACUCCAACUAUGAGAGUGUUCAGCAGACGGCCCGCAGCAUUGCAGAGCAAGCUCAUGUUCUGGCAUAUGACCCCAACUACAUGUCACCUUUUGCACAGUUUGCUUGUGACAACGGACUGAAUGUCAGAGGAGGAAAGCCGGACGACAUCACGGUGCUGCUGUCCAUCGUGGCAGAAUACACAGACUAGCCUCUGAGGGAUGAGGGGAGUCCGCCGCCGGAAGUGAUGAACUGCUUCUAUUCCUGCUGGACGGGAAUGAUGUCCACUUCUGUUUCCUCCACAUCUACUGAAA